AUGUACUUCAAGGUACAUUUUAUUGUUGAUAAAGACCAAAUUAAGUUUAUCAUGUCAAAUUUAGAAGGCCCGGCCCUCUAGUGGUUCGUAUGGACCACAAAUCGAUAUAUUCUAGAAGAUUGGAGUUAUUUCAAGUUUUAAAUUGGGCGCUGGUUUAGUGAUCUAUUAGAUGAAGAUAUUAUGGAAUAAUUUCUGGAUAUUAAGCAUAAGGGAUCUAUCAAGGAGUACAGAGAUGAAUUUGAGAGGCUAUUAGUAUAUUUACCCCUAAUAUAUGAGAAAAUCAUGAUGAAAAUCUUUGCCAAAGGGUUAAAGAAGGGGAUCAAGGCUGAAUUAUCUUGA